AUCUCUGAGAAACCCAAGACAAGAAAAUUUCUGUCUAGCUCUGUCUCUCUUUCUCUGUAUGUCAAUGGCUGCAGGAGCAAGAAGACAAGGAUUCGUUAUGGCGUCAAAUCUCCUGAAAGCCCUAACGGCUCCGUCACCUCUCUCAUCUAGCGCCAGAAGUUUCCGUAUGGUCAGCAGUGAAAUCAUCACCAGUCACACCGCUAAAUGGAUGCAGGAUACAAGUAGAAAAUCUCCAAUGGAAUUGAUCAAUGAUGUCCCACCCAUCAGAGUUGAAGGCAGGAUUGUGGCUUGUGAAGGAGACACCAAUCCUGCACUUGGGCACCCAAUUGAAUUCAUAUGCCUCGACUUGAACGAACCUGCUAUUUGCAAAUAUUGUGGCCUCCGCUAUGUUCAAGAUCAUCAUCAUUAGGUGGUCUUCUGGUUUGAGAAUGGUCUCUCAAAGAUUGAAUCCUUGCAUAACCGUGAUUGAAAGAUUACAAUUUUCUUUUCUCGUCAUGGCUUUUGAGUUUUCUGUUGUUCUGGUGUAGUGGUAACACUUUCUGCUGUUUAUUGUCUGCAAAUAAGAAAAAAAUAUAAUUGAUCCCUUAAGUCUGAUACGUUGAUCUGUUGAUGCAAUUCUAUUUCUAC